CAGAAUGUUAUUGAAGCGGUUUGAAUGUAACUUUUGGUUAAUGUUGUUGAUUGUAACAAAGUGUUAAUUUAAAUUGUUAGAAUGUUGAUGGAAAAUAAUUAAUUUAUUAUGGUUGUUAUUCUAAGGAUCGCUCGUGGUCUUCUACGUCUUCGGUAUCUUGUUCUGGGCUCUGCUGUUGGCGGUGGAAUCCAAGCUCAUAAGAAAUUCAAAGAGCUGAAAGACGGUGUUCCUGAUUUUGGAUGGAUUAGUGAAAUGUUUCCAGACUCAGAAAAGGCUGAUAGAUAUCGAGAAUCUUUGGAAGAAUUAGCGAAAAAAUUUGGUACCGAAAGUGGUAAUUGGCUUGAUAAAGUUACAUCAUCAGCAUCCGAUGGAUUAGACGUAAUUAACCAAUGGAUUGAAGAGGCUCGAGCAGCUCGUCAAGCGGAACUUGCAAAUUUGAAUUUUAUUGUAGGACGGAAUUCAUUAUUACCAACUGAUGACCUGACCUCCGAAAGGAUAACCACUGAGAGUAUUUCACAAGCUCAUUCAUUUUCAUCAUCAUCAUCUUCUUCAUCAAACUCAGAGGCUUAUGAAAGAGCCCAAAGGGAUGCAGAACGAAUAUCAAAACUACAAGAUGAACUUAUUUCAGUUCAGGUUAAAUUACAAAGGGAAAUAGAGAGACUAGAGAGAGAAAAUAAAGAUUUGAGGAAACAAGUACUUCUCAAGAAAACUGAUACAAAAAUCAAGAAAAUUCAAAAAUCACUCAUUGAUAUGUAUUCAGAUAUUCUCGAUGAAUUAUCUGAUUAUGAUGUUAAUUAUAACACACAAGAUCAUCUUCCAAGGGUUGUCGUUAUUGGUGAUCAAAGUGCCGGGAAAACAAGUGUACUUGAAAUGUUAGCCGGCGCUCGGAUAUUUCCUCGAGGAGCUGGUGAAAUGAUGACUCGAUCGCCGGUUAAAGUGACAUUAAGUGAAGGCCCUUAUCAUAUCGCUCGUUUUAAAGAUAAUCCAAGAGAAUAUGACCUGACAAAAGAGUCUGACCUGAUCGAUUUACGUAAAGAGAUUGAGAUAAGAAUGAAAUCUUUUACUCGUGAUAGUAUUUCUGUUUCUCCUGAAGUAAUUUCUCUAACAGUCCAAGGACCUGGAAUUUUACGAAUGAUUUUAGUCGAUUUACCGGGAAUCAUAAGUACCGUAACUUCAGACAUGGCUCUUAAUACCCGAGAAGCAAUCAGAGACAUCGCCAAGCUUCAUAUGAGCAAUCCAAAUGCAAUAAUCUUAUGUAUCCAAGAUGGUUCCGUUGAUCCCGAACGGAGCAUAGUGACCGAUUUAGUUAGUCAAAUGGAUCCUAACGGUAAACGAACUAUUUUUGUGUUAACCAAAGUAGAUCUUGCUGAACGUAACAUGGCCAAUCCAAGUAGAAUUCGUAAAAUUUUGGAUGGUAAAUUAUUUCCAAUGAAAGCCUUAGGAUAUUACGCUGUGGUAACUGGUAAAGGUGAAGUAGAUGAGAAGAUUGAAUCAAUCAAAAAGUAUGAGGAACAAUUUUUCCGUGAUUCACAACUUUGCAAACAAGGGAUUUUAAACACAACCCAAUGUACGACUCAUAAUCUAAGUUUGGCAGUGUCAGAGUGUUUCUGGAAAAUGGUCAAAGCUUCAGUUGAACAACAAGCGGACGCUUUCAAAGCAGCUCGAUUCAAUUUAGAAACUGAAUGGCGAAAUAGUUUUCCUCGAAUGCGUGAAUGUGAUCGGGAUGAGCUUUUCGAGAAAGCGAAAGCACAAUUAGUUGAUGAAAUUGUUAAUCUAAGUCAACUAAGUCCUAACCAUUGGGAAACUGUGAUCAGUAAAUUGCUCUGGGAAAGUUGUAGCUCUUAUCUAAUGGAAAGUAUUUACUUACCGGCUUCCCAAGAGUUAGUUCGAAGUCUUUUUAGAACCAAAGUGGACAUUAAAUUGAAAGAUUGGGUGGAAAAUAUUUUACCUGGUAAAUCAGUUGAAGUUGCGAAAAAGGCAUUAAUCCAAGAAUUAGAUCGACUAAUUGAGAAAAGUAAAACGGACCCAGGUCAUGACGACGUUCUAGAUGAUCUAAAAGCAGCAGUUAUCGAAGAAAGUUGGAAACGUCAUAAAUGGGAACCUAAAGCAUCAGAAGUUCUGAAAGUAAUACAAUCUAACGCUCUUGAAGAUUAUUUAAUUCCCGAUAAAAAUCAAUGGACCAUUGCCAUAAACCUUUUCGCCGAGAAUCUUAAAGAUUAUUCAAAGAAAUCUGAAAUUGCAUUGAAAAAUAUGUGUGGACCUCCAUGGACAGAGAGAUGGUUGUAUUGGACAUACAAAUCAAACGAGAAUCAUGUUAACACUGCAAUUAAGAAUGAACUUGAAAAAUAUUUCCAAAGUCCAAGAUUCAAGUCACAUUCUAAUCUCGAUGAUAUCGAACUACUAACAGUCCAACAAAAUCUUCAAGUGCAAAACAUUGAAGCUUCGUAUGAUAUGAUAAAGAAUAUCUGGUUUCAUGUAUAUCGAAUUCAUUUUAUCAAAAAAGUAUUGGAAAGAUGCGAAGAGUGUAAAAAAUGUUUCUACCUUUAUAAACAAGGAAUUGAAGUAGAAGAUAUUAAAUAUGAUGAUAUAAUUGUUUUCUGGCGAAUUCAUAAAACUUUCGCUGCCACAACGAAUGCACUUCGUCAACAGAUAAUGAAUCGAGAAGGACGUCGAUUAGAAAAGGAAUUGAAAGAUGUGCUGGACGAUUUUAGUCAAGAUCGUGAAAAGAAACUUAAAUUAUUAACAGGACGUCGAGUUCAAUUAGCCGAAGAAUUAAAACGUGUGAAAUUAAUUCAAGAAAAAUUAGAAGAGUUUAUUGCAGCAUUGGAGAAGGAGAAAUGAUUAUUCUAAUCACAAUUAAUAAUAAUUAUGUUUAACUUUAAAUAGUCAAUGAAUAAAUAUAAAUAUUAUUAGAGAA